ACAGUGCAGAAAGCAGUUGUUCACACGCCCGUGGAGCGGCCGCAGCUCACUCUUUACCCUGCCUGUCGCCGUGUUUUGGUGGUUGUGACAGAGACGAGUGAACACCGCGUUUGAAGACGAAGAAGUGUCAUUUUGUCGUCGCUGAAGCCGCUCUCUGAAAACUUGUCGCCUAGGCUUGACAUGAAAUUUUCUUUACUUAAUUUACGGUGAAAUUACUUCUCCUCUGCUCUGCCUGUAAAAACCGACUUACGGUUUUUUUCUGGGUUCCGGUGUCUGUAAUUCAAAUUGAGCUGAACAGCUAGCUUCUCUUACCGGGAUCAGUCAGCGACUUCUCAGUUGCUGAACACUAAAACAGAGAAAACGGCUUUCGCACUAAGGUAGCAGAGGAGGAAAAUCCCCAGACCCAGAGGACAUGGAGUCCACCAAAGCUGGAGGCGUAAUAACCUAUAUCAGCUCGUCCAGCUCUUCCUCCAGCCCCGAGUCCUGCCUCAGCGACUCCUCAAAUGGCAGCUACCAGUCAUCCUCCCCACCUCGCAGGUCCUCACCCAGCCACCGGCAGCUGGUCCAGCCGACUGACCCCGUGAUUGCCGCAGGCGGCCAAAACCUGCCACGGACUCAGAAAAGUGGACGCUCCUCAUCCACAGCAAAAAGUGGGAUCACAAAAAUCAACGGCUUGGUGCUGCUGUGCAAGGUGUGCGGCGACGUGGCCUCUGGUUUCCACUACGGCGUCCACGCCUGCGAGGGCUGCAAGGGCUUCUUCAGGAGGAGCAUCCAGCAGAACAUCCAGUACAAGAAGUGCCUUAAGAAUGAGAGCUGCCCCAUCAUGAGGAUCAACAGGAACCGCUGCCAGCAGUGCCGCUUCAAGAAAUGCCUGCUGGUGGGGAUGUCCAGAGACUCUGUACGAUUUGGCCGAAUCCCCAAGCGUGAGAAACAGCGCAUGCUGCUGGAGAUGCAGAGUGCCAUGAACAACAUGAUGAACAACAGCCAGCUGCAAAGCCAGCUGCACAGCAGCCAGACUCUGCCCAUCGCUAAACCGCUGCCAGCCAGUGCCGCCGACCCUCCCUCGGAAGAUACCGGCCCCGGCACCUCCUGCUCUCCAUCCUCGUCGCCCUGCUCCAGCCAGUCAGACUCCAGCUCAGACCCAGAACCUGCCGUGUCCAUGGACACCAGCCCCAGCUCGGCCUCCCCCAGCGCGUCGGACAGCAGCGAGGAGGAGGUGAUCGGCUCGGUGACCCGGGCCCACCAGGAAACCUUCAUGUAUAACCAGGAGCAGAGUAGCCUGCCACCUCAGGCCUCGCAGCCCACGAACACCCUCAGCAGCAGCCCUACCAAGAGCGCUACUGACAACCAGGCAGAGGAGCGCCAGAACACCUGGAACCACCGCAACAACAUGGUCACCGUGGCAGCCCAGGACUCCGCCUCCAUCCUGGACCCCCAGGAUCAGAAGGAGAUCAACCAGUGCCCCUUCAGACUGUCCAGGAGUGCUGCCACCAGCCACUUUCCAGCUUAUACACAUGGAGCUUUCAGAGCACCAUCCACGGAAGGCUCCUCCAAUAGAUUCUGCAGCGCCCCCCUAUGGAAAGGAGGCAACAGGAUGCAUCUGGUUUGUCCAAUGAACACUUCGCCUGACGUGGACCCUCAGAAGUCCGGCCACGAGGUGUGGGAGGAGUUCUCCCACAGCUUCACCCCAGCGGUCAGGGAGGUGGUGGAGUUUGCUAAGAAGAUCCCGGGCUUCAGAGACCUGAGCCAGCACGACCAGGUCAGCCUGCUGAAGGCUGGCACUUUUGAGGUGUUGGUGGUUCGAUUUGCCUCACUGUUUGACGUGAAAGACCACACCGUCACCUUUCUUGGGGGGAAGAGGUACAGCGUGGACACUCUGAGGGCCAUGGGGGCCGGGGACCUGCUCAGCUCCAUGUUUGACUUUAGUGAGAAGCUCAUGAACCUGGGCCUCAGUGAGGAGGAGAUGAGCCUGUUUACUGCUGUGGUUCUGGUCUCUGCAGAUCGAUCUGGCAUCGAGAAUGUGAACUCCGUGGAGGCCCUUCAGGAGACGCUGAUCCGCGCCCUGCGAAGCCUCAUCACCAAGAACCACCCCAACGAGUCGGCAAUCUUCACCAAGCUGCUGCUCAAGCUGCCCGACCUGCGCUCGCUCAACAACAUGCACUCUGAGCAGCUGCUCGCCUUCAAGGUCCAUUCCUGAACCUUCCUCAUAAUACUUGACGCCCCCUCCACCUCCCCCCUCCCCCUUACAAUGUUGCACCCAAACAAAAGCAACCCAAAGGCCAACCUGGAGCGCAAGCUCCACCCAACCACACCUGCACGCCACCCCACACCUCUCCCAUGAACCUUUGGGUUGUUCUCUUGUCUAAAAAAAAAAAAAAAAAGAUAUUGUACUGUAGGGCGUGACGGCCUGUGUGAUGCAAACACACAGACACACUGAUGUACAUGUUUCUCAUGUUUGUGUGUAGCAGCUGUACAAAGAUUAGAAGCACUUUCCUGUAUAGUGUAGAGUGGUAUUUUUGCAUUCAUAGUGCAAUAUGUGACUGCUUGUGGAUUUAAACUGUAUGAUGAAGAGUUUUCCCUCCAGUGGUGUAUGUUAAACUGAACUGAUGUCGCUCUUCUGGGAUAAACCUUAAAAAAAAAAAGAAAGUAGUCUUUAAACGCACCGUGAGGACAGAAGAAAGCGGACGGACCUGAGGAAUAUCUGCAGUCGGGCCAGCAGUGAAAUCAGACUGUUUCUUUGAAUGAACUUGGGAAGCAGAUGCUUAAUUUCAUGCACUUGUGUACGUGCCAUGAUUUGUGUGUUUAUGUUGUGGGUCAUUUUUAUUAUGUUUUUUUGUUCUAAAUUAUUCGGGCAUUGCGGCAAAUCUGAUGCGUCACAGUCUCGUUCUAAGAUCAGUGGAAAUGAAGACCGAAGCACUGAAAUGAAAUUGUGGAUUUCCUCCUUUUAUUUCUGAGAAUAUCGGACGGCACAGAAAACGUCACCUCGUGGUCGCCAGGACCUCCUGCCUGCUUGAUUAAAUGUCAUUACCUUUUUACAGGAACUGUAUGUUCUUCAGUUGAGUGUAGAUAAAUGUAUGAUGUAACUAUUUCACAUGAAAAA